AUACUGUGUGUGCCAUGUAACCACUGGGAAAUGAGAGUGGCCACAGCAGGGAGAGACUGAGACCAGAUGGGUCAGAAGAUGAGCGCUGAGCCUUUGUCUCGGUCUGAGGUGUUUGGACAGUUCAGGAGGGAGCUCUAUGGAGAGGAUCAGUCCAGUCACUCCAACACACACAUAUUCAUCAUCCUGGGAGCCUCUGGGGAUCUCGCAAAAAAGAAGAUCUAUCCAACUUUAUGGUGGUUAUUCAGAGAUGGCCUGCUCCCAGAUGACACCUACUUUGUGGGUUUUGCCCGGUCUAACCUGACCGUGGAGGACAUCAAGACAGCAUGUCUGCCUCAUAUGAAGGUCACUGAUGAAGAGACUGAGUGUCUCUCAGCCUUCUUCAAUAAGAACUCCUACCUUAGAGGCGGGUAUGACGACGACAGCUCUUUCACUCAACUCAACGCUCGCCUGUCAUCUCUGCCUGGGGGAACUGACGCCAACAGACUCUUCUACCUGGCUCUGCCACCCACUGUCUACCACCAUGUCAGCACAAACAUCAGAACCCACUGCAUGAGCCGCAAAGGCUGGAACAGGGUAAUUGUUGAAAAGCCCUUUGGCCGUGACUUCCAGAGCUCACAGGAGCUGUCAGCCCACCUGUCCUCCCUGUUCACAGAGGACCAGAUCUACCGCAUAGACCACUACCUGGGCAAAGAGAUGGUCCAGAACCUCAUGGUGCUCAGGUUUGGAAAUCGCAUCUUUGGACCAAUAUGGAACAGGAACAGUGUGGCCUGUGUGGUCCUCACCUUCAAGGAGCCUUUUGGCACUCAGGGCCGUGGAGGAUACUUUGAUGACUUCGGUAUUAUUCGAGAUGUCAUGCAGAACCAUCUCCUCCAGAUGCUCUGUUUGGUCGCCAUGGAGAAACCUGCUUCCACCAACCCAGAUGAUGUGAGGGACGAGAAGGUGAAGGUGUUGAAGUGUAUAGCUCCUGUUCCUGUGUCCGAUGUGGUUCUCGGCCAGUACGUGGGGGACCCUGAGGAGGAGGGCCACUCCAAGCUGGGUUACCUUGACGACCCCACUGUACCAGAAGGCUCCUGCACACCAACAUUUGCCACCGCAGUGCUCUAUGUCCAGAAUGAAAGAUGGGAUGGAGUUCCUUUCAUCCUCCGCUGUGGUAAAGCUCUGAAUGAGCGGAAGGCAGAAGUGCGUCUGCAGUUCACUGACGUGCCAGGAGACAUCUUUGGCGAACGCUGUCAAAGGAACGAGCUGGUGGUGCGGGUGCAGCCAGACGAAGCCAUUUACCUGAAGAUGAUGACCAAGAGGCCUGGGGUUUACUUCAGCCCAGAGGAGACUGAGCUGGACCUCACCUACAGGAGCAGAUACAAGAAUGUGAAGCUCCCAGAUGCAUAUGAGAGGCUGAUACUGGAUGUCUUCUGUGGAAAUCAGAUGCAUUUUGUCCGCAGUGAUGAGUUGCGGGAGGCCUGGAGGAUCUUCACCCCCCUCCUCCAUCAAAUAGAGGGAGAAAAGACACACCCCAUCCCCUACAUAUAUGGAAGUCGUGGUCCAAACGAGGCGGAUGAUCUCGUGAAGAGGGUGGGAUUCCGCUAUGAGGGAACAUACAAGUGGGUGCAGCCCCACAUAGCAUGAUGCCAUCUAUCACACACAUGCACACACACUCACGUUCUCAUGAACACACGCACACACACACACACACACACACACACACACACACACACACACACACAGCAUUGUUGCUAUACCAUUGUUUGAUUUUGUCUGCAUGUAAAAAAAAACCCCACUGCUUUUCAUCCCUAAUCAUACAAGAAUAAAUGUGAAAAUAAAAAUAACUGUAGUAGACUGAUUUGAGUGCAUUUGAAAUUUCUAAAUAAAUCAUCUUUUCACCUUU